AUGUUGGAUGAGAGAAACUUGACUUGUGGAUUGAGAGUCAAUGCAUGGGAAUUUUUGAUACGAAUGGUAAAUCUGCAGUUUUCAAACAGACUUAUAGAUUAUUUCACUACAUAUAUCGAAGAUUAUCAAGAUGUUAUUAUUGGAGCUCUAGUUGGUGAGGCGGUGGUGGUUGAAAAAGCUUUUAGGUUUCUAGUAAAGGUGAAAUUAACCGAUGUGAAAGCUUUCGAAAGAAUCAUGGUUGAAAGGAUUUCUGAUGAAUUGAAACUCCAAUUUGGUAAAGAUGAACAAAUGUUCCGGAUCUUCAGCGAAGCUGAUGAUCUUUUUCAAUGA